AUGACAGGAUUUUUCAGCAAAGCCAUUGCGAUGCUCUGUCUGCUCUCGAGUACGGAAGCUCUUUCAUUGAACAGCCAUAAUAUGCCUGGCAUGUCGCUGUCUGACAGUUACAUGCUGACCCAAAAGCGUACGACACGCAUGGCCACACGACGAGACACCAUCAUGAUGCCUAGUCAGACUCCCAUGGUUCCUUGGAAGGCACCUGGCUCGGAUGUCGCACAGUUUGUUGAUAUCAACUCUGCCAUGUACCGCGAUCGAACCAUCAUGAUCAACAAGUUCAUUGACGAAGAAGCGGCGAAUGAAAUUAUUUCCAUAAUCCUGUACAUGCGAAAAGAGGACUACAAGGGGGAUAUCAGUAUUUAUUUCAAUGUCCCAGGAGCACUAUUGAGACCCACACUGGCCAUUUACGACUUGCUUCAACAAACCAAGCAAAAUUGCGAAAUUGAAACUGUCAAUCUUGGUCUAUGUGCGGGGAUGGCAUCAUUCUUGGCUGCUGCUGGAACCAAGGGAAAGCGAUCGGCCAUGCCAAACUCUCGCUUUUUGCUGCAACGCACUGGAAUGGAUGAAGUAUUUAGAGGACAAGCUACUGAUAUAGCCUUGGAGGUGCGAAACGUCAAAAAGUCAAACGACCGCAUGGAAUACGAACUCUCGCAAUUAACUGGACAACCUGUGGAAAAGAUUCAUCAGGAUCUCACCAGAGAUUUUUACUUGACUUCCGAUGAAGCUGUGCAAUAUGGAUUAAUUGAUAAGGUUUUGUUGCCAGCGCCAUUAAAGCGAGCAGCUCGUGGACAAGAUGCGGACCUGGGUACCUUUGAAGGAGACGAGGAACAAAAGUACCAAGGGCAGGAUUCCUCUGGUGGCUGGGGAAGUCAGCAAGCGCAGCAACGCUCAGAAAAGCCCAAGAAUGACGACGACGAUGGUCCAAAGAUUAUGAAGGGUUAA